GUGGCUGCGUGAAUGUUUCUCGCGGUACAUCGUUGAAGCUGAAAGAAGAUUUUUUUUUUAAUGGAGUAAUUCUUUAGUUUUUCUUUCUAUAAAAGUGUGAGUUAUCGUGGCAUCAUGUAGUUUCAUUUUAGUUCAUGUUAAAAGUCAUGUUAAAAUAUAUGAGUUGUAAUAGUUUUGUUAAAAGAACAAAGCGGUGAUCAUCGUAUUGCAACUAAAGAUUGUAGUAUUAUAUUGAAUCACUGAGGAAAAAACGAAGCGAGAAAUUUCAGAAUUUACCAAUUGGAAUAAAAUAACAACAUGACGAUAGACUUGUACUAUAUACCACCAAGCCCACCAUGUCGAGCCGUGAUGAUGUUAGCAAAAUUCAUUGGAGUUCACUUAAAUCUCAAACCAGUUAACGUUAUAAAGGGAGACCAUUUAAAACCCCUAUUUAGGAAGCUUAAUCCAGCGCAUACCGUCCCUACUAUGGACGAUCAUGGUGUUGUUCUGUGGGAAAGCCGACCAAUAAUGACGUACUUGGUAAUGAAAUAUGCAAAAAAUGAUGCUCUUUAUCCAAAAGAUCCAGAGAAAAGAGGAACUGUUGAGUAUCGGCUAUUCUUCGAUUUGGGAACGCUUUAUGAUAGUAUUUUUGCGUACGGCUCACCUGUACUUUUUGGAAGACGUGAUUCUCCAGAUGAAAAGUUAAUGGCACCGUUGAUCACAGCAUUCGAACUUUUAAAUGGUUUUCUGGAAAAUAGUAAUUUUGUUGCUGGUGAUGAACUAACCAUUGCUGAUUUUUCAAUAGUUUGCUCUGUUUCCACUGCACAAUCAUUCGGUUUUGACUUCGCUCGAUUCGAUAACGUAGGCGCUUGGUAUGAAAGAUGCAGAAUUGCGAUGCAGAAAGGUGGAUUCGAAGAGAUCAAUGAGGCUGGUGCCAGAGCUAUUACAGACGUAUUUAAUGCAAAUUUGAAAAUUUAGUUCGAGUGUUCACAAGCAGAUUCUUUUUCUCUCUUACGAAUAUUCAUUUUCUGAAAGCUAAUUUAUUCAGAUGAAUUCUUUGUUUAUUAGAAUAUAGAUAUUCAAUGUACAUAUCACUUCUUCGCAUCCAUACAAUUUAUUUAUAAUAUAAUUUACAUCGUUAAAUAUAAUUUUUGAUCAGAUGCUAACAAUCACUAUGUGUGAAAAGAAUGUUAGUUGUAUAAAGUUAAAAUCAGGAUGAUAAAAUUUCAUUGUAGACUUCAUUUUUUGUAAUUUAUAAAGAUACUUAAAUUAAUAAACAAAAUAAUUUGUAGGAUACCCUAAAUAGGAAAUGGAAUUUUUAAA